AUGAACUUCAGGACACUCACAAGAUUCUGGAGGAAAGGGGGAAAGAAGGGAGCCGGGGACGGUGCACACGGUAAUUCCAGCUCCGUGCACAGUGUUUCAUCGCAGCAGCAACAACAACAACAACAACAGGGACAACGUGCCAUAGGGCCAUUUGAAAACAAGCAGGCCGCGCUACAUUAUAUUUUUCAAAUUUUGGAAUCCUUUGAGAGAAAUGGUUUGGCCUUAUCCCCUUUUAACCUCGAGCAGGAUCCCGCGUGUUCCAGAGCGACAUGUGCCGCAACAGCAGCCUCAUCCCUCAGUUUACAUUCAAACCGCACUUGUAAUCCUGUGAAAGAGAACAUGCAUGCAUUGAGGCAGGAGCGGGAGGAAUUAGUUGCCGCGCUCGACCUUUGCCUGUUAGCAAUACCAGAAGAGGUGGCAGGGACGAAUGGCAACUGUGACAAGAAGGGAGACGCAGAAAAUGUCCAGGCGACAGCAGUGGAUUGCCCCAACGGGCAAGCGGCGGACGGUGAGGCGCCCGAACCAUCCCCCGAGUUGCCCGACGCUCGUCAUAGCACGAGAAUUAUUACACAAGAAGAGUGGCGGUGGCUGUUGUGUCGACUUGUGAAUCUUCUCAUUGAGACUGACCAUGCGAUCUACACAGAUGCGAUGAUGCGCUCUCGGAUGCCCUAUUCAUUCAUAACGCCGUUUCAGUCCCCUCCUUCAUCGCCUGGAAAGGCACCUUCAAUCCCCCAUGGUGUCUCAAGAAGUCCCACGAUAGACGGUAGGGAAAGCCCAACUAUUUUAGCUCUUCAGCAAGCAGCCCCUUCCAAAAGAGCGACGCCGCUCCCGAGUUCCAAAUCAGUCGGAGAAGCUAGCAACGACGCCAGGUUUAAUGAUUUUCGAAAAGCUGAGGAAAGGAUGGGUUUUGUAAAUUCCCUCAUCACAUGGACCAUUAUGCGCUGCAUCUUGUCUCAGCAGCUGGGGCAGGAACGCCCCUUCGGGGUCUCGACAUCCGAGUUUCCACCACCCCAGACGACGAGGCAGACGACAUAUGGUGUUCCUGUACAGUGGGAAGAAGUCAUAGAGGAGCUCACGAAUUUCUUGGGAGGGACUCAACGGAAGGCUGCUGAAGUUGCCAUAGCACUCUGGAUAUUGCGUGAUGCAACCGGUCAUGAACUCGUCCAGUGUAUCCUACAAAAACCGCAGUGUAGUUUUGGUAGCGUCUUGGAAGGCAAACCGCAUGGUUCAUUGGACGCGGCCUCUACGAAUAAAUCGCCUCAGGGCCCUUCGUUGUUUCAAUACACCGUUCUCCUCAUGGAAAGCAGUGAUAACACUGUCUCCAUGGACGAUAUUCUGGAGGAGGUGGAAAAAGUGUAUGAACAAAACGUUCUCAGGACGUGGGCAGCAUAUCUUGAAGAGCAGUCGUCUACUUCAAUGUUCCCGAAGGCAGAACAUCAGGAUUUAUCCUCACCCCCUCUUGAUCUCUUUCAUUGCCAUACGAUGGCAACCUAUGCCGUUUGCUCUCCCUAUUGGAGUGAGGAAAAACGACAGCAAUUUUUCCGGCUAAUUCAAAAAACAUGGGAUGAAAUGAAUGAACUAGCUUUAGGGACAGAGACAGGCAAGGAGGUUCACGCCGUCGCUACCGGGGUCUUUGGUUCUCAGUGCACCUCUGUGGAUGCGUAUGGUGGCAACGCUAGUGCCUUCUCUGCGACGGGGGCUGCUGCGGAUGCUGGUGACGCCCUGUUGGAGGAACAACGUAUGGUCACACACAUGUCGCACUGCACCCCAGAGAAACCAACAACUGGAAUUGAUGACGAAAUUCGCUCAUUUCGCUCGUUAUCCGCGCAAUCCAUAAAUGGAGGCAUGUCACAAACCGGCUUGUCAAUAGCUGAAGCCCAGCACGCGAUGUUUGAUGAUGAUUUUUUGCUCUUUAUGACGCAGAUCUUAUCGGCAGUUGUUUUGCAUUUGCGUGUGGAGCAAUGUUUGAGCACAUCCCCGCCACGCCUUGAAGAGGCAGAAUGUUUCGUGAAUAGCGAAGAUGAAUUAUCCAUUACGAGCUGCUUCUUUUCAUGCAGACAAGGAGCCCGUGAGUCCCUUGUGAAGCUACGCAUUGCCACUGGGAAUUAUCCUGAGGCUCUCAAGUCUGCAAAUGCUCACUUUUUCAAUGCGAAGAAAAAAUGGUCAUUCGGGUCGAAUGGCCGCAGUUGUGGAUUAAACUAUUUGGCCUCUAUGAUGCUUCUGGUACAGGCUCAGGAGGUGUCCCGUAUGGACACGUCUAUUGUUGAAACGGUCCAGCUUGCACUUCAACAAGCUGACCUUUGUGAACAGGCGUUUGUUGAUUCCUAUCCAGCAACUGGAACGUACUUGGUGCGCUACGCUGCUGUUCGACAUGGCGUCUACAGCGCAAGGCUCUUCCACCUUCGGGCCAUCUGGCGCGCGUACUAUCGCAUGUAUGACUCUAUCAACACUUCCAAAUACUUUAAUCAGUAUUUGGAAUGUGUCAGGCAUUGCCGCCGUUCCAGACGAAAUGAAGAAAUGUAUGCGGCAUUGAAGGAACGGGGUGAACAGCUUGAGGUGGAGAAGGAAUACGGCAGUGCUGUGCUGGUCUUCAAACAAGCCGUUGAGUACGCGAAAGUUACGUCCCAGGCAGCCGCAGCAGAAGCAGAGGCAGCAGCAACAAGAAAAACAAAAGAUUUGGCCAUGGGCUCCGAUGUUUCUGUUACGGAGAAUGCGGAUUUAGAGAUUUUAAUUUUGAAGGAGCGUGAGCUGAAACUUUUUCGCUGUGAGGCGGAAAGCGAACGCAACCUCGCCCUUGCGUAUGUCUUGCAGGCGGAGCACGAGGUGAACGUCCGGUGUCGCCGUCAGCAGCUUAGUAAUGCGGUGAACAGCGCGUACGCGGCGCAAAACGUAUUGCAGCGCUGUAUACUGAAGGCGAAGCCCCCUUCCAGUGGCACAAUGUUCGAUGUCACCUCGUCUCUUGUUGUGGCGGCAAAGGCCCUGUUGCGUCUCGGACAACCGAAGAAGGCCGCGCUGCUACUGGAGCCACUUAUUGAGGAUAAAGUCAACUCGGCCUCUGUUCGCCCACCUCUGUGGUCCGACGCGCUGCCGGACCCCACACGGCCCAUUCCGGCUCGUGAACUGGAGGAGCGUGUGCAAACACUCCAGUUGAAAUUCAACGUAUAUGAAGUUCAUACACAGUGCCUAAGUAAGUUUGACGGCGCACGUGCGUCUCGCGAAACGGCACGCGCACGGGAGUUUUUGGACCAAGUGAAAAAUUGGGCAAGUGCACUUCUUUCCAACGAUCAGAAUAGCGGAAAUUCCUCGGAAGGAGAAUCCCAGUCGAUGCUCUUCGCAAAUAGGAGACUUCUUACUGACAUUUCGCAGAAGGCAAAUGCAUUGCGGCCGAUUAUUACUAUCACUUGCGGUGAUGCCUGGUCCAUGCUGGGUAAUUGGGAGAAUGCACUACAAGAGUACUCAAACGCCCUUGCGAUGUACGCUGAUAGGGAAGGGGAGAGCAAUAGCAAUGAUAUUAGCAGUACCAGAUCAUCCUUUAUGGAUGCCGGGAAGGAACGGGAACGGAAUAACCGCGGUUUAGGGGAGUCAGUAGUAUUUUCAAAGCUGGCUGAAGUGUACUCCGCAUUAAACAAGCCCAAGACCGCCAUCCACUAUAAUCAUCAGGUUUUGGAAUGCGCCUCAGAGGUGGGCGAUGCGUUGUUGUUGUACAACGCACGUAUCCGGCUUGCCAGACUGUAUACAGCAACAGGAGACACUUGGGAGGCAGAAGAGCAGUGGGCAAAGGUGAGUGAGCUCGCAAAAGAGUACGAGGAUCAGGAGAUAAGUCGUGAAACCACGCGCAACAUCAUUGCUGCACAGCGUGCGAAGGGCAUUUAUAUGGAUGUGCUCAUCACAGCAAAGGAGUUGGACACUUUGGCGUCUGCCGCGGAGGGCGUGGACGCGGCUGCGGAUAAACGUUUUGCGUUGGAGGCCUUGGCCGAUGCUCACCUGCAGCUUGGUCAGUACAAGGAAUGUAUUAAUGCUCUUGACGAGCUAGAGAAGGUGCAGUACAAGUGUAGCGAGUGGAAAGGAACAUUGUUUCGUAUGCGGGCCCGUGCCCUUCUUGGGGAUGGAGAGGUACAAGAGGCGAUUAAAGUGCUCAUGAUUUGGGAAAGCGAGGCACGGCAGCUGCGGAAUUGGGUUGAAGUGGGACACGCCAAUGCCGUUCUCGCAAUUGCCUACGCCACAUCCCAUCAGGUCUUUAAGGCGAAGCGAAAUCAUGAGAUUGUGCUUUCAGCCUUUUCAGAAGCCUCAAGUGUAAGUCGGGAGGACUGCAAUGCGGCGUUAGACUCCGCACGUUGGCUUGUGCAUAAUUUUUAUUUGAACGACGAGGAAGUACCGCUUGUGGAGAAGGCGGGUCGUCAUUCCGGCAGCACGCCUACCCAUGGGACCUCCCCCUCUGGUGGCAAUGACAGAACUGGGAGCGUUCAUGAUGCCAAUGAGUUUCAGAUACUAACUGUGAGUGGAGAUCUUAAUGUUCUUAUGCGAGAGGAUGAAAAACGCCUAAGGAAAUCGCAGGAGUUGGCUCAUGCAGGCGGUGGCGGCGGCACAGACACCGUGCGUGAAGAGGAAGAUGACAACGAUAUUUGUUUCAACGGCGGUGACGAUGGAGAGAUGUUGUCAAGUAAUUCUUUCCGCGAUGGAGACGCCGCGGCCAUUCCUGACAACGGCCCUGCCCCCACCACAGGCAGCGGCAGUGGCGGCGGCAAGAAAUUGGCGGCGGCACGGAAGGAUGACCCUGCAGUUUCUUUUGAGAGUACCAGUAAAAAGCCACCACCGGUCACGGCGGCCUCAACGACCCCACCCCGGUGGUCUUCGACGUCGUCAGUUUCUAAAGUAUUGGCCGGCAGACGCUUAAUAAAUCUGGAAGGUGAAAUUGCGGCGCUACCUGAGCCGGUUCAAUGGGAUGCCUUAUACGGCGCGCAAGAUCCUCCACCGCGUCCUUGUACAAGGGUACGGACGGCCUGUUUUACUCGGGCACUAGAGGCCAUAGAAAGAGCGGCACAGAUUUCGCUCAUGCCCCUAGUGAUGCGUCAGCGCCUGGUUCCACGCAAUCCUGCGGACGCGGUCGACCUUGCACUCUUGGCGUUUCCGCGAUGCACGUUUGUAUUUUACUUCGCAGAGUUCGCCACACAAUAUGUUGCCAUCGUUCGCCCUGCCGGACGUUCCUUUUUUCUUAGACGGCUUGUGCAGGCAUAUUCGCUGAAGGAAUUUUACAAUAAGAGGCACGUUUCACAACCCUCAACACGAGAAACGGCGUCUUCGGCACUUGCCGAGUCUUUGUCACAUGCACCCGUGGAACGUAAGGAAAAACGUCUCUCAGUCAUUGCUUCCUCCAUUGGUUCCCUCACACGAAGAAGUCGCGCGGGCUCUGUGGAUAGAUCACCGGUUCUACCGGGUCCAAUUGCCGGGCACGCAGUUAUGAACGAGGAACUGCAGCAAGGCCUGCAGGACCUGUAUGCGGAUCUUUGGACCCCUGUUCGGGACUCACUCCGAAUGGCUCGCUGCUUCAAUGAUGAGGCCGAGUGCUUCGCCUUUAUUCUUGACCCGGCGUUGCUUCACGUUCCAUUGCCCUCGCUUUAUGAAUCUGGAGCAAACUGUGAACCGUUGGGCCAACAGUUGACAAUGGUGGUGGCGCCCAGUGUUGCGAAAUUCCUUGGCGGCAUGCAGCAUGAAGAACAGCCGUCGUUUUUUAACGCCCCUUCAAAAGACCUCUGUGUAUUUCUCCCAGAAAGGACGUCCAAUGCUUCAGCGGCGAAUUCUAUGUCACUAGGAAAUAUUGCCGCAGACAAAGUCUCCGGUAAACAGUCAUUGACAACAGCACUAAGCUCCACCACUGCCUCUCUGGAAGACACACAUCUCUUCCCUACACCUGUACUUCAGGGUCCGGCGAAAUGGCUUUUCGGUAAUUUGCAUCCUUGGAGCGUAUUUACCGGAUGUACGCGUAAAGAAAUAAUAUCUGCCUUUGCUUUACCAUCCUGCCGGGCCCUGAUAGUGCUAUGCGAUCCUGUUAAGCACAUGUUUAAGGUUGCCGAUGGCAUGGUGCGUCUAGAAGACCUGACACGCGGUCACUCCUGUCUUUCGGAGUCGCUCAGUCUUGUCGUUGUUACAAAUGAUGCUUCUACCGCCACGUCCGUUGAAGAGCCGGGUGUGGCGGCGCGACUGUGCCUUGAGCAUGGCUGUCGCCGCGUACUACGGAUGGACCUGCCGCCUGGUACGAGUAUCACGGCGGAGCACCAUAGACUUGUUCAAAUUUAUCUCGAGAAACUCCUGCUCGCAUUUGAGUGGCGCAUGCGUUACCCGUACGCGCUGGCGUUGCGCAUGGCGCAAGAGGAAGCGCUGCGUUGCCACUUUCCUCCUGUCGUUUGGGCUUCACUUACACUUCUCGGUGCACCAUGA